AGAGCGAGAGCGAAAGAAUGAAGAGCCAAGAAGCCCGGUCGACCUCUUCAUGUUCCGCGUGCAAGUUGUUGAAGCGACGAUGCAGCCCGAGCUGCCCGUUCGCGCCAUACUUCCCGGCGGACGAGCCCAAAAAGUUCGUAAAAGUGCACAAGGUGUUCGGCGCCAGCAACGUGAGCAAGAUACUUCAGGAGGUGGCCGAGUGCCGGCGCGAGGAGGCCAUGAAUUCCCUCGUCUUGGAGGCCGAGGUCCGGCUGCACGACCCCAUCUACGGCUGCAUCGGCGCCAUCGCGUCCUUGCAGCGCAAAAUGGCCGAGCUGCAGCACGACCUCGCCCUCGCCCAAGCCCGCCUCGCCUGCUACCUCGACCACCACCACCCGCCGUUCCUCGUAGAGGCUUCUAAUUUCAACGUCGAGCUGAGCCCCAGCGAGCUGAUCAUGGCCGAUGGCGAUCCGUUCUGUUCAUUUCAGUUUCCAUAACUGUUCUUUAGUUUCGAGUGUUUAGUUCAUUAGUUUACGUUGAUUGAGUGCACUAGUGUUGUGUUGGUUUAUUCCUACCUGUUUGUGAUA